AUGGAGGAAUUGGUGAGAUUGUAUAUAAAGGAGAUUGUAAGGUUGCACGGUGUGCCAUCGAGCAUAGUGUCGGACCGUGAUCCCCGAUUCACAUCAAGAUUUUCGGGAGCUUUUCAAAGAGCUUUCGCAAGUGUUUUGGGUCCUGAUUUGGUAGCAGAGACUACUGAGAAGAUUAAGAAGAUUCGAGAAAGGAUUUUAACUGCACAGAGCCGACAGGAAAGUUAUGCGGAUCAGAGAAGGAAACUGUUGGAAUUUGAAGUGGGAGAGCAUUACACGUCAGAUGCGGCUCAUGUGUUAGAUCCUGAGUCGAUCGAGUUGAGGGAGAACUUGACGUUUCCAGUAACACCAGUACAUAUUGACGACACUAGUGUGAAGAAAUUGCGAGGAAAGGAAGUUCAGUUGGUUAAAGUGGCUUGGAAACGAGCAAGAGUUGAAGAACAUACUUGGAAGUUGGAGUCCGAGAUGCGGAAGGAUUAUCCCGAGUUAUUCUCAAGUAAUCACUAA